CCCCGUCACCAUGGCUCGGGGCAGGGGGCAGGCGUGGGUGGCCGUCUGGUGGUUCGGCUGGUGGGCAGCGUUCUCGGGGGUGUCCUCCACUCACUACCGCUACCUGUGGAGGAGCUGCUACCCCUGCUUCCUGGGGCAGGCGGGGCAGGCGCUGAGCGGCUCCGACAGGAUGCCGGAUGUGGACGAGUGCCUGGUUCACAAUGGUGGCUGUCAGCACAGGUGUGUGAACACGCCCGGCUCCUACCACUGCGAGUGCAAACCCGGUUCCCGGCUGCACAUGGAUGGCCGCACCUGCAUUGCCAUCAACUCCUGCACCAUCAACAACGGCGGGUGCGAACACAGCUGCCUGCAGAUCACAGCCUCCCAGCACAGGUGUCAGUGCCGGCCCAACUUCCAGCUGCAGGAGGACGGCAAGCAUUGUGUCCGGAAGAGCCCGUGUGCUGUCGGAAAUGGUGGCUGCAUGCAUAAAUGCCAGGACCACAGGGGGGUUGCCCACUGUGAGUGCCACGUCGGCUACAGGCUGGCAGAUGACCAGAAAGCCUGCGAAGAUGUGGACGAAUGUGCCCUGGGACUGGCCACGUGCUCCCACAACUGCAUCAACACCCCUGGCUCCUUCCGAUGCACCUGCCAGCCUGGCUACGAGCUGGGGGAAGACAGCAAGCAGUGCUACCGGAUCGAGAUGGAGAUUGUGAACAGUUGUGAGGUGAACAAUGGUGGCUGUGAGCAGACCUGCAGCCACACCAGCGCUGGCCCGCUCUGCACCUGCAAACCUGGCUUCCUCCUCGACUCAGACCAGAAAACUUGCAACGAUGUCGACGAGUGUGAGACGGGCGCUCACUGCUGCAUGCAGAACUGCAUCAAUUAUGCCGGAGGCUACCAAUGCGACUGCCGGACGGGCGAGUGGCUCAACCCCGACGGCUGCACCUGUGACGUGCUGGAUAGCUCCAGGGAUUCUCUGGACAUCCCACUCCUGCGUCCAGCCCCUGCCUUUGAGGUGCUGCGGGAUGGACUGACGCAACUCUUCGGGGAGGAGUAUGAUGGCGAGGAGAUGGAGGCACGCGGAGAACACACGUUGUCAGAGAAAUUCGUGUGCCUGGAUGACACCUUCGGGCCUGACUGCAGCCUGACCUGCGACGACUGCAGCAACGGUGGCACUUGCAAUGAGGAGCUGUCUGGCUGCGACUGCCCAGAGGGCUGGACAGGGCUUAUCUGCAACAAGACUUGCCCCCAGGGCUCAUUUGGGAAGAACUGCAGCUCCAUCUGCAGCUGCCAGAAUGGCGGGACCUGUGACGCGGUGACCGGGGCCUGCCGCUGCCCACCUGGCGUUAGCGGCGAACACUGCGAGGAUGGGUGCCCCAAAGGCUUCUACGGCAAGUAUUGCAAGAAGAAAUGUAACUGUGCCAGUCGGGGCCGGUGCCACCGGAUUUAUGGGGCCUGCCUAUGUGAUCCCGGGCUCUACGGGCGCUUCUGCCACCUGGCCUGCCCCAAGUGGGCCUACGGUCCCGGCUGCUCUGAAGAGUGCCGUUGUGUCCAGCAGAACACGCGGGAGUGUGACAAAAAGGACGGCCACUGUUCCUGCAAGGCCGGCUACCACGGCAAGCUGUGCCAGGCGGAAUGCGACGCCGGCUUCUUCGGCUCUGGCUGUGAGAACCGCUGUGCAUGCCACUCUGGAGCAAGCUGUGAUCCUGUGACUGGGGAUUGCCGGAAGCAGUGUCCCGAGGGCUACCAGGGGAAGGACUGUGACCAAGAGUGUCCAGCAGGCCAGUUUGGGGUGAACUGCGCUGGCUCAUGCUCCUGUGGGGGAGCCCCCUGUGACCGGCUCACCGGACGGUGUCUCUGCCCCGCAGGGCGGGCCGGGGCCGACUGCGGCCGAGAUUGUCCAGAAGGCCGCUGGGGACUGGGCUGCCAGGAGAUCUGCCCAGCUUGUGCCAACAGCGCCAGCUGUGACCCAGUGAGCGGAGCCUGCCUGUGCCUCCCCGGGUACGUCGGGAGCCGCUGCCAGGACCUGUGCCCAGCGGGCUGGUUUGGGCAGGGCUGCCAGCUGCGGUGCGCCUGUGGCAAUGAUGGACACUGCCAUCCGGUGACGGGGCAGUGCAGCUGUGCUCCUGGUUGGACUGGCUUCAACUGCAGAAGAGCUUGCGACACUGGACGCUGGGGUCCCAACUGCAAACACACCUGCAACUGCAGCAACAGUGACGGCAGCUGCAAUGCCGUGACCGGGCACUGCAUCUGCGAAGCCGGCUAUAAGGGGCUCCGCUGCGACCAGAGGUGUCCCCAGGGCUGGUUCGGGCUGGGCUGCCAGCAGCGCUGCCAGUGUGACAACGGAGCGCUCUGUGACCACGUCAGCGGGGCCUGCACUUGCACAGCCGGCUGGAGAGGGAGCUUCUGCGAGCGGGCCUGCCCCGCUGGCUUCUAUGGGCUGGAGUGUCGGAAGGCCUGCUCGUGUGAGAAUGGAGCCCUCUGCGACCACGUGACUGGGGCCUGCCUCUGCCCCGCCGGCUGGCUGGGCCCCAGCUGCAACCAGACUUGCCCGGAGCUCAGUUAUGGAGAAGGCUGUAGCAAGUCCUGCACCUGCUUCAACGAGGCCACCUGUGACCCCAUCAGCGGUCAGUGCCAGUGUGCCCCGGGCUGGAUGGGCUCCACAUGCCAACAAGCGUGCCCGCCUGGCCUGUAUGGUGCUGACUGCCACGAACCCUGCUUAUGCCGCAACGGCGGAACGUGUGACCCGGCUACGGGCCGCUGUGCCUGCCCAGCGGGGUGGGCAGGCCUGGCUUGUGAGCAGGAGUGCAUCGCUGGGAGGUUUGGAGCUGACUGCCAGGAGAGCUGCGAGUGCCUGAACGGAGGCUGGUGUGACCGGCGCACGGGGCACUGUACCUGCCCAGCUGGCUGGACUGGAAGCAAGUGCCAGAGCCCCUGUGUCGAGGGCAUGUUUGGGGAGCGCUGCUCAGACAGGUGUGACUGCCGCCAUGGAGUGACCUGCCACCACGUCACGGGGGCCUGCCGCUGCCCCGCGGGCUGGAGGGGACAGCGCUGUGAGAAAGCCUGCCUGCCCGGCUGGUUUGGCCAGGACUGUGCGCAGCGGUGCUCCUGUGCCCCUGGCUCCCCCUGCCACCACGUCAGCGGCAUGUGCAGCUGCCCCCCGGGCACCACCGGCCACGGCUGUGAGCAAGCCUGCCUACCUGGGACCUUCGGUGUGAACUGUGGUCAGGUCUGCCAGUGUUCGGGCGAGCACCAGGACUGCCACCCUGUCACCGGAGAGUGUGUCUGUGCAUCUGGCUUCCAUGGCAGUGGCUGCCAGCUCAAGUGCCCUUCCGGACGCUACGGCCCCAACUGUGAAAGGCCCUGUGGCUGCAGGAAUGGGGGCUUCUGCGAGCCCACCACGGGCCAGUGCCGCUGUCCACCCGGUUUCGUCGGUGCUGACUGCAGCAUCGCUUGCCCGGCUGGGCGCUUCGGCAAAGACUGUGCCCAUGUGUGUGCUUGUGGGGAAGGCGCUGGCUGCGACCCCGUGCGAGGUACCUGCAUCUGUCCGGCUGGGAGGACUGGCCCUCGCUGUGAGCACGGCUGCCCCACGAACCGGUUUGGUCCGGGCUGCACGCUGGCCUGCUCCUGUGAGAAUGGAGGCACCUGCCACCCUGUGAGUGGCGCUUGCUCAUGUGGCCUGGGGUGGACCGGUCCACACUGUGAGCAGGGCUGCCCGCCCGGCCGCUUUGGCCCUGCCUGCAGCCAUGAGUGUCUCUGCCGGAACAAUGGGACAUGUGAACGGGAGACAGGCACCUGCCAUUGCCCCCCGGGGCACUACGGCCCGGGUUGUGAACACGCAUGCCCACCUGGCUUCCAUGGCCCAGGCUGCCGGGCCCUGUGCAACUGUCAGAACAGCGCUGCCUGUGAUCCGGCCACUGGCCAGUGCAUCUGCCCCACCGGCUUCCAGGGACAGUUCUGUCAGACGGGUUGCAGGCCCGGCACAUUUGGGGCAGGCUGCCACCAGGUGUGUGAGUGUGAAGGGGGUGCUCCUUGUGACCCUGCCACUGGCUUGUGCCUCUGCCCUCCAGGGAAAAUGGGAGCCAAGUGUGAACUGGGCUGCAGCAGCGACCGAUUCGGCCCCGGCUGCACUCUGAGCUGCGACUGCGAGGGGAGCGCGCACUGUGACGCCCGGAAUGGCCAGUGCCUUUGCCUCCAUGGUGCCUUCGGACCCACCUGCCGGGAAGGGGGCCCAUCUCACCUGGCCACCAGUAGCAGCUCUCCAGCCCAGGACCCCGUGCCCCCGCCACCCCCAGCCCGCAGGACGGCACCUAGGCUCACCGCGCCGACCUCGACCACCAAGCCUUAGUGCACCAGCCGCCUCCCCCCUCCCCCCAACACUGGCAAGGAGGAGAGGGACGGUCCCCGGUGGGCUCUGACCAUCGUGCCUGCCCCAGGGCCUCCCGGCAGGCCCGCUCCAUGCCAACUGCAGCCGAUGUCCGGAGACCACAGCCCAUACUCUUGCUGGGACAUUUCCGGACCACUGGGGAUCGUACCACCCAAGACCAGGCCUCUUUACAGACCUCAGGCAGGGAAAGGGUCCCAGCAAAGGGAACCAAGAAGCCCUGGCCCAGAAGUGCCUGCCCCGGCCCAGAGUGCCCAGCCUGACCUCACCGCCUCAUGCCAGGGGGCAGGCAUGUCACAGCCAGCUGGUGGUCAGCUUGUUACCCAGGCCCCUCCUCUGCAGGACUCACAGUCUGCGCAUGUAUUUAUAGAAGCUAUUUAUGGGAAGAUGUACUGUCAGGCCUGGCCCAGACGCAUCCCCUGGGGGUCAACCCAUCCCCCCCCCCCCCCCACUCUGUAC